AUGACAGACUCCGUCGGUCCGAACAAAAUUAUGGACACAGCUAAAGGGACUGGACCUUCGCUUCUAGCCUGUCUCAUUUGCCGCCAAAAACAUCUCAAAUGCGAUGGUAUCACGCCUGUGUGCGGCCGCUGUGCUGCUUCAGGUGCAAACUGCCAAUACACACCAUCGCGGCGGGGAUACAAAGGACAAUCAAAAAAGCGUCGUGCCAAUCCACCGUCGCCUGAAGAGCAGUUGGCUGGUGAUCCAGACUUCAAUGGCUCUCAGAUUUCUAGUUCGCUUGAUGUCCCCAUUGAUUGGAGUUAUCCGAGUCGCCCGGGUUAUGAUUAUCCUGCUCCGGCUGUCUACCUACCUUCGUCCUCAACCGCGUCGAGCAGCCUUACUGUCAGCGGCAAUAAUGUUAAUAACAAUAUACCUCAAACGGCACAAUCUGCUAGACUGUCCAGUGGGCCUCCAACCCCGGAUUCAUCGCCGGCUACAGGCGGCGAUGGGUACCUGAUCGACGUCUACUAUAACUUCUUCCACCCGGCACAUCCCAUCUUACCUCCGCUGCGCUUUCUCUACCGCUCUCUUGUACCUCUGUAUCUUGAUCGGGUCAUCAAAUUCAUCGGAUCUCACUUUACCAACGCCAUUUCCAGCGAUGUGUACCGUCCUACCGUCAUGUCGUCUGUCAUCGACCAGGAAGGCACGGUCGAGAAGGUUCAGGCGCUGAUAUUGCUGGCCGUUGUACUUCAUUCGCGAAAUGAACGAAUGGAGGCAGGCGAAUGCCUAUCCAGAGCUGUAGAUUUGGCCUUCCAGCUCGGGCUGCACCGCGAAGACUUCGCGGUAACCAUGGGCGGAGGCGAUCCGGUGCGAGAGGAAAGCCUGCGACGGACCUGGUGGGAACUGUUUAUGGUUGAAGGAAUGCUAACAGCCCUCGGAGUGCGGCAGAGCUUUAGCACUAGCCUGGUGCCUCUCGAUGUGCCGCUUCCAUGCGAGGAACGCAUCUACCAGGAUGGCUUGACCCCUCCGCGGCCAUUGACUGUCGCUCAGUUCGACGAGCGUGUCUUUGCUGACGAGGAGUUGGACUUUUCGUCUCACAGCUAUCGGAUAGAAGCUGUGCGCAUUCUGGGACGCGUUGUGGCCGUCCAGGACAUGGAGCAGGGCCAGCAGGACCAGGUGGAGGCCAUCGACGCGCGGAUCUCCAGCUGGUUUCACCAUCUCCCAGAAUCCAAGUCUGAACUCAUGCGUCCGGACGGUUCCAUUGACGAAAUGAUGUUUCAAGCAACGAUGAUCGUGAACGGAGCAUCGAUCUACCUCCAUUUCCCACGCUCUGACCUGUUAUCAUCCCCAGCGGUUGCAGCCGAAGUUAUCUGUGGACAUCAUUCCCAGUACAGCGUGCCCGCAUUCUCGAGUCAUGCGCAUGCCAUGAAAGCAGUCAAGGCAGCCAGCGAACUGUCAAGUUUGGCUGCCAUCCGUCUUCCCGUGGUCAAGCACACGCCGUUUUUCAUUUGCGCGCUCGUUCUCAGCUCGAUUGUUCAGCUGGCGGCCUGUUCGGUCAAAGCUGGUCGGAUGCCAGACCCGAGCCGUGAUCGACUCACGCUUACCAUUGGUGUUUUCAGGUCUCUGGGCCGUACGUGGGCGAUUUCACAGGCGAUUAUGCGACAGGUAAAGGCUGUCGCGCGGGACGUGAUGGAUAUGGGACUCCGCCCAGCUAUGGAUCAGUUGGACAUGGCGAGCCUGCUGCAGUCGAGCCGAUACUGGUUUCAGGAUACAGCAGACAGUUAAUUGACAAUAGACACGCCAGUUUAGGAGAAGACCCAAAAAUUCGGUCCAUUAUAUAUACCUUAUCGGCAUCCAUUGCCAAGCGGGGAAUGCCGAGCGGGGAGUACGAUGGAGCCCGGCGCCGGAUUACCGGUGUCCACUACUCUUACUUAAGAAUGUGUUGUUGGCAUCUCACGCGUCUCUCGCUCUCUCCGCUGCACGUCGACUGGUCCCCGCAAUCGCCGUUCGAGAAUUUCCUCCUGGAAGAAAAGAAAAAAAAAAUCAUAGCCACCAUGUGCAGACCCUCUACUUGCUCCACAUGCCGUACGUAUGCUCUUCUUUCCUACUGGCGGGUUCAUGAGAACUCUUAUCCAUAGAACGCGAAACUGAGGACUUCCGCGCGUGCACAAAUGACUAACACAACUGGUUUGCAUUAUACAGACAAAGCCACCUGGUUCGGUUGC